AUGGCGGCGGCGGCGGCGGCUUCGUCCUCGUCGUUUUGCGCCGGCGGCUCGGUGGCCGUGAGGCUGCCGCGGUCACCGCCGCUUAAGGUGCUGGCGGAGCAGCUGCGGCGCGACGUGGAGGGCGGCCCGGGCGCGUGGCGGCUGUCGCGGGCGGGGCGCGGGCCGCUGGAGCUGGCGGCCGUGUGGAUGCAGGGCACGGUGGUGGCGGCGGGCGGCGGCGAGGCGAGGCUGCGGGACCCGAGCGGGCCCUUCUCGGUGCGCGGCCUGGAGCGGGUGCCGCGCGGGCGGCCCUGCCUCGAGCCAGGAAAGUAUGUGAUGGUCAUGGGUGUGAUUCAGGCGUGCCACCCCGAGCCGUGCCUUCAGGCUGUGAAGAUGACAGACCUUUCCGAUAAUCCCAUCCAUGAAUGCAUGUGGGAACUGGAAGUGGAAGAUUUACACAGGAAUAUUCCUUAGAUGAUGUUGGAACUAUAAGACAACUGAAAUUCUGGAGCUGUCGAGGCUCUUAAUCCAUGUGGAUUUCAUGGACGUCAUUCAAUGUACAUUUUGUAAACGUUUUUCAGAGAACUUUGUUUGAUCAAAGCAUCUGGAUGUAGAAAUUUUUAAAUGCUAGGAUACUUGAGUUAACUCAGCCUCCACUGCGCCCCUUGCUUUGAAUAUGUUUGCUGAUGAAAAGCAGAUGUUUUAUUUUUUUUCUUUUGGGUUUUUGCAUGUUAAUAUUUUCUCUUUCUCACUUUCUCUCAGAAAUUUCAUGUUGCAUUUUCCGAAUUUUACAAGGGUGAUACGUUUUUCCAUUACUGCUGUGAACUUGCUUUACGAUGCAAAAUUUGAAUCUCAAUGCUUGCCCACCAUGCUUAAAGUGUGGUUAUGGGCAGGAAAACAGACGGCAUAAAAAAGGAAUGACAUCACGAUGGCGCCUCUGUUUUUUCUCCACCAACGACUUCCAUAUCCAGUUUGCAAGUCUAUUGGCAUUUUCUGUCUAACUGCAGGCAUCUCAAAGAUACAGCUGUCUUUCCUCUUCAGACACCACUCAGCCAUGUAAGGUCAGUUUCCCACAGAUAUGGAAGGUGAUACCUGCCAUGCUUCCUUCACUUAGGGAUGUUGAAAGAUGCCAUCAAGUGGCAUUAACAUCAAGUUUGGAAAUGACUUUCAGGCUUUAACUGAACUUCUGUCUCAUAAUUUUUGGUGAGGCACUGCGAGGGAGCAACCUCCUGGUUUAGAACUCUUAUGUCAUUUUACAUGGAGUGACUUUUGUGUUGUGGGUGUAUUGAAUGUUAGGGUUCUGUUUAUUACCCAGGCCUCAUUUUUCUUUAGCUUGUGAACACCAAAGGGAGUGGGAUUACGUUCCAAAGUUGCUGUAGAGUUGUCUGGAUUAUUGAUGUUCUACCACAGAUAAAUUUAUUUUUAUAUGCUGUUCUGUUUUUAAACUGUAGAAAUUUCUUUUACAGGUGGGGCAAAUUGGAAAGUACACAUUGUUUUUAAUUAUUGAUCUGGGCUUGCUUGUUGAAAGUUUGAAGGUUGUUUUGAGUGGUUCAUGUUCAAAAUUUGGGGUUUUAAAAGCAACAUUGUUGAGCUCUAACAGGGGUUUUGCAACCCUACAGACCUGAAUUUGAGCCCUUUGCUGGGCAGAAAACUUGCUGUGUGGCUCUGAGCAGGUUACCUAACCUCUCUGUGCUUCAGAUUCUUCGUCUCUAGAAUGCAGCUUACACUCAGCCCAUAACACUGUGAGGAAAAAAUGCAGAUGUGUGUGAGUCACUUUGACAAACACCAAAUCAUUGUUGCUGGGAAGAGCAAUAAGUUCUCACUUACAUCCAUUGGUUGCCUUUUUUUUUUUUUAAAUAAACUUUAUUUUUUAUAACAGUUUUAAAUUUACAGAAAAAUUACAAAGAUGGUACAAAGAAUUCCCAUAUACCCCACACACAUUUCCUCUAUUAUAACAUCUUACUUUAUUCUGUUACAUAUAUGCACACUUUAUUGUUUCCUAAAUUCCAUUGUUUAUUCAGACUUACUUCGUUUUUACCUCCUGUUUUUUUUUCUGACCCAGGAUCCCACAUUAUAUUUAGUUGUCAGGUCUCCUUAGGCUCCUCUUAGCUUUCACAGGUCAGCAGUUGCUUUUGGUUACUUUGAAAUUUAAUUCUGUUACAGUCCAGGGGGUCUGUGUUGUAGGGUUCUUAGGUAAAACUUGAUUACAAAAUUACUGGGAACCCAGUAGUAGCCCCUUGAUCUGGGACUCUGGUGGACUCCCUGUGACCUUGAACCAAAGUCUGCCUGACUUAAGGAGGUCCCCCCACUUAUCUAAAACCUUUUCUGCCAGCAAACUGACCUGGGCAGCCGAGAACCCCCUGUACCAGACCCUGUCCAGUUUGUCCCCACCUACCUUCUAGUAAAUAACGCCCAAUUGAAAAAUGCCAAUCGGGCCAAUUGUUGCCUGGGCAAUGAAAUGUCUCAGGAGUGUGGGGGUGGGAAAAGGAGGGUGCUGUGUGUUUUGUCUAGGGGGCCCCCAAGCUGCUGGUGGCUGUGCUGGAAGCUGGCUGUCUUGGUGUGGUAGCUCAGCUGUCAUUCCCUGCAUAUCGAUGACUCCCUGUUUUGACCAGUGUUGCCUCCUUACAUCACCAAAUGAAAACACAUCUCGGGGAUUUUAGUUUUCUGGUACCAAAUCAAAGUUGACUUAUCAGGAAGGUACCCCACGUCAGACGAUGGCAGGCCUGUAUUCUAGCUGGGGAGCUUCCCUUUUGAAACUGGCUCUUUUCUAAGAACUGAAAAUAAGCAACCUAGGCUGUGACUUCACUUUUCUUGGAACUGCUUUACUUAGGAAAAAAAUAAACAAAUAAACCCCUCAUUUAGCUGGUUUUGGAUGACUGAGUUCCCUGAUUCUUUCUGUUGCAUAUUCUUGUAAAGCUGAAGUUUCACGGGAAAAUUCUUUUGCAUCAGGUGAAACAGGAGGGGGAGGGGAUGACCAAAUCACAGAAUUAGUGAUUUGUCUCUGGCCUGUUUGUGUCUGAUUUAAUGGUUGAAGAGGAAAAUUCCUGGAAGGGGUAUUGUGUGAGAGUUAUUUUCAGACCAUCCUACCCUCCAAGUAGGCUAGAUUUGGCAUUGCUAAACCUCGGGCCAGGGGUCCAGACUUACUGAGCAGCUGCUUAUUUGCAAGGAUAAGGGUAAAAGUGCAUGUUCAGCCAUGGCAACCGACAUUUAGCAGACAUCUUGGAGCCUGAGCAAAAGGACUCUUCAAGGGGGGCCCCUGCCUGCUCAGGUUAGGGAGACAGCGACUUGGUCACACCUGGGUUCCAGUUCUGGAGCUGCCCUUUCCUGCCUGACCUUGGGCUUGGAGGUCAGCAUGUAAAGUGGAGCUAAUUCUUCUUCCCCAGGGUGGUUUUAAGGAGUAGAGAAGCUACACAGUAAUACCUGGUAUUGGUAGGUUCUUGGGAGCCGGAUUAGACGCCCUUCCUCCCUGCAUAUCACCGUAGAUGUGCACACAGAUUGUUCUGAGAUCAUCUGUUAGUAUCUGUGUCCCUACUGGAGGGGCCCGUGGUGCUGCCUCUGCCUCUUAUCUCUGUAUCUCCACCCAGGGCCUUGCAUAACUUGCUUGGGCAGUCUGAAAAUGUGGGGAAUGGCUGGCGUUUAGGGUGCAGGACAGAGGAAAUAUACAAGCAAAGGUACAGUGUUCUUGAGUUUACCUUUGGCUGGCAACAGUUCGCAAAUGAAAGGAGCCCUCUUAGAGGCUGUGAAGCAACCCCCAACACCCCUGUAUUUUAUAAUUGGCCAGAGGGUGCUUGGAAGUGCAGUCUGGGUAAAGACAUAAAAGACCCGAGGAAAAGGAGACAACUGACUCAAAAAAAGGAUUUGGGCAGAAUUCAGCCCAGUUGUGUGCCAGGGACUGUGCUCGACACUCUUCCCUGCAUUAUUUCAUGUAACCGUGUCAUCGCCUCUGGGAGUGCACUCCCCCUACCCCAGCUAUGGAGAUGAAGUCAUUUGGUGUGGUGGGUGCCCCCCAUUGUCAGGGACUCUGUCCCCUCUGAGCCUGUGCUUUAGCUGGAGGCCAGGGCGUCCUCUCUGAGAUGGCUCUUCACUGGGAGACUCGUAGGGGAAGCUCCUGUCUUUACACUUAGGUGGUGGCACCCCCUGUUGGUCAGUCCCCGCAGCUCGGCUGCCCUGGGUUCGUGGACCUGGGAAGACAGCCAGUGACCAGAAUGAAGAGCCAUGGAGUGAAGCAAAGGAACGAAACACGGCCAAGAAAAGCUUCUCAGCCACUCUUUCCAGCCUUUUGCCCCUUAUGGCCAAGCCAUCUUGGAGUGGAGGGAUUGUGUUGGAUUGGGCAACCAGAUGGGUUGUGACAGGCCUGCUUUUGAGCACCAAGUCUUCCUGUUCCCAAAUGGGAGGGACCCUGGGUGAGUGACUUCACCUCUCCGAGCCUUAUUUUUGUCAUCUGUAGAAAAGGGGAAGGUUUGGGUUGGAGAGUGUAGGUGGUUUGUCCACAUGGCUAGUAACUGGAACCCAGGCAGUCUCAGCUGCAGCUCAAAAAAUGUAUGUUCUUUCAGUCUUUCAGUCACCACUUACUGAGCACCUACUGUGUCCUAGGCUCUGGGAUACCCAGCGAACAAAAGACACGUGGUUGCUGCCCUAUAGGGCAUCUCUCCUGCCUAAAGCUGGAGAAACUUUUCUGCUUUUAAGGGUUUAUCUAAUUAGAUUGGACUCACCUGGGUAAUCUGGGAUACUCUCCCCAUCUCAAGGGCCUUAACUUUAACCACAGCUGCAAAGUCUCUUCUGCAUGAAUAUUCACAGGUGGAUUGUGAUAUGUGAAUAGUCACAGGUGCCAAGCCUUGGGACUUGGGCAUCUUUGCAGGGCCCCCUGCCUACCACGUCUGCCCUCUGACUCCCAAAGACACAUGUCCCUUCCAAAUGCACAAUGCAUUCACCCCCUCCCAAGGUCCCAGAAGGCCUCAUCCCAUUACAGCAUCAACUCGAAAUCCAAAAUCUCAUAAUCUAAAUCACCUGAACCUGUAUGCAUGCGGCUCUGGGCAUCAUCCCUCCCCAGGUGAUUCCUCUCCAUCUCUGAACCCCGGAACCCAAGAAACAAGUUUUCUGCUCCACACAGUGGGCAGCAACCAAGGGGCAAGAACAGAUUACAGUUUCCACCCACCCUAACUUGAUACAUCCCAGGGGGAUAGGAUGGCCAGCCAGCAGGGUGGAGAACCGAGGUGAAAGGGUUGCACUCUGGUUCUGUCUUGAAUCCAAGGGGCCAGAGAUGUGACACAGGCAAGAAAGAUAAAGAAGAAGAAAGAAGAGACAACGGGGCUCAGGCAUCCAGAAAUACCAACUACCAAGCAUCCCUCCUGCCUGGUGAAGCCUGGAAAGGAAACGGGUGUCUCAAAAGGGUCUGUUAAUUCUUAACUUCGUGUCCAUGGAGAUGAGGAAAACACAGAACCAGAACUUUUCAUCACACAGGUAGUGUGUUUUAGAAAGGAGUUAGGCUUAGGCCCUGCCCCAGGAUCUUCAAACGUGCAACUGGACUGUUUUUCUGCCAGAGAUUUUCCCAGAGCCCAGCGAGCCUGGGCAGCCUGCAGGUGGGGCCUGGGGAGCGUCUAACCUGCUGAUUAUCAGCCCCACCUGGGCUGCUUUUACCCGCAUCUUAGGAGAAUCAAAGCCUUUAGAAAGCUGCCCAGGUGAUUCUUAUUGGCCUGGCACUGGGGGCUGCAGAUUUGCAGCUUCCUGUCCCGGAGAAAGUUGGUGGAGGAGUCAGAGGUGCCCUCAGACGUUGGUUGACCAGGAAGAGGGUAUGGAGGCCCCAGGGGCGCUGCCUGAGCCUCGGGGGCUUUCACACUGACGGGGACUAGCCUACCACCAGGAUGGCGGAAACCUAGGAUCUAGAGGAAUUGGCCUGAGCCAGAGGACCGGAAGAAGUCAGGAGCCCAGAGUACCAGUGGGGCCACUUAGGCCCCAGGCUUCCACGAGGAGGAGGAGGAGGGAAUGGAGGAUGGAAAAAGCCUGAGCAGCAAGGAGGGGGCCAGCCCACCCUCAUACAGGCUGCCCGCGGAUGUCUGCGGUGCUGGGCUGCUGUGAAGGUAAUGUCAGAUUUUCUUUUUUCAAUGUGAAUCUAUUUAAAGAAAAAUAUUAAACAGACAUUUGUACAGGUGCCACAUGAAAGACGUUUGGGAAAUCUUGCUAUAGACUGUUUGCUUUUUCCUUGAUGUUCUAGAAUAGAGCUGUGCUGCCUACCACGUCAUGUGGCUUUGUUCCCCACCUGUUGAAAUGCAGCUGGUGUGACUGACAGGGUGACCAGGUUUAGCAAAUAAAUGCCCAGGCUGCACAUAGUGACUUCUCUCCGAAGAGUAUGAGUUGGAAGGGGGUGGGGGUAAAAAGAGUCACCCUACGUGGGGAAAUCUGACCGACACUGCCUCAGCCACGUGGUCAAGGUCAGCAUCAACUGUGAAGAAGUCACGUUGACGGGAUAGCGGUGCCAUUGACAGGAGUGUGAGAAUAGCACUUUCCCUCUGCUGUCUUCCUCCCCCAAACCCCUAACCCUGAUCUAAUCACGAGAAGAACAUCAGACAAAUCCCAAUAGAGGAACAUUCUACACAAUAUCUCACCAGUCUGCUUCAAAACUGUCAGGGUCAUCAAAAACAAGGAAGGUCUGAGAAACUGUCUCAGCCGACAGAAGCCUAAGGAGACGUGAUGGCUGAAUGUGACGUGGGAUCCUGGACAGAAAAAGGAUGAAUACACUUUGAAGGAUUGUAGGUUAUGUGAAUGUAUCUCAAUAAAAUUGCAUUUAAAACAAAAGGAUGUAAGGUAAAAGCUAAGGAAAUCUGAAUAAUGUAUGGGCUUUAGUUAACAAUAGUGUAUCCAUAUUGGUUCACAGAGUUAACGAGCUCUAACAGAUGUACCAGGGUGAUGUAAGACGUUAACAGUAAGGGAAACUGAGUAUGGGGUAUGUGGGAAGUCGGUAUUAUCUUUGCAGUUUUUAGGUAGAAGUAAAACUGGUCUAAAAAAUAAAGUCUAUUAAUUAAAAAAUACAGGAUGCCCAAUUAAAUUUGAAUUUCAAAACUAAAACCUUUUAAGAAAAAGGCAGCCCCACACUCAUUUGUCUGAAAUUCAAAUUUCACUGGGCACCGUAUAUUUUUCUAGUAACCCUAUUUGUGGAACUUGAAUUUUUAAUUCUAUUGCAAUUUAAUUGAUUUGAAUUUAAAUAGCCACACGUGGCUGGUGGUAACUGUACGGGGCGGCUCAGGUCUAGGGCUCUCGGCUUCCUCUGAGGUCAGCAGCUGGGAAAGCAGGUCGACACCUGAGGCCGGCGAGGUAGGGACUUGUUCAGAAUCUUCUAAAUCCACAGCUGGCCGUCCUGGCCCUUGACCUGGUUCCUGUGGAAAGAGUGUAGAUGCUCUCAGAAGCCCGUGGGAGCCUGUGGGGGGCGGUUCCAGGACAGAGUCUGAGUGGGUUUGACAGCUGGGACUGGUGUUUGAGACACUAGUCAGGGACUGUAGGGCCUCACAACACAUUGCCAGAAAUUUAGUGGCUUAAAACCACACGCAAAUACAUCAUCUCAGUUUCCGUGGGCAAAGGGGUCUGGCAUGACGUGGUCACUAGGGUGAAGUCAAGGCGGUGACUGGCUGACCUCCCUCCAGGAGGCACUGAGAAGACUCGGCUUCCAAGCGUGUGCAGGUGGUGGACAGAAGUCAGUUCUCAACACUCGUAGGACUUGGAUCCCCCCUUUCCUUGCUGGCUGUCCGCAGGGGGCUGUCUUCAGCUCCUGGAGCUCUCCAUCCUUAAGUCAGCCACGUGCAUGGAAUCAUUUGUGCUUCAAAUCUUUGACCACCUCUGCCCUCUAACUCAGAGCUAAAGGGCUCAAGUGGUGAGUCUCAGUCAGGCCACCCAGAUAACUGCCUGUCUCAAGGUCAGGUGAUUUGGGAUCCUAACUACAACAGAAAAAUCCCUUCAAGCACAGCUAGAUCAGCGUCUAGUUGAGUAACUGGGAGGUUUGUCUACACUAGAGGCUGGAUAUCUUGGGUGGGGGGAGCCAUCUGAGAAUUCUGUCUCCCACAAGACAGAACUCAGUCAUAGAGGGUAAAACAAGUGGCUUGUUGAGCCAGAAAAUAUGGUUCCGAAUCCCGGCUCCACCACCGCUAAGCAUGUGACCUGGGACAGCCAUUCUCUCCAAGCCUCUGUUUCCUCAUCUGCUAAAUGAGAAUAAAAAGGGCUUUGUUCAGUUUUCAGUGCUGUGGACUGCAUCUGACAGAUGGGAUGCAAUUGGUGACUCCUCGAUUGUUAGCUGCCUUCUCCUAGAGCUGCCCUGCCCAUUUGGAGACCUGCUUUGUUCUGCAGGCGUGUUUUCUGCACUGUUCAAGUUCCCUGCCUCUCUGGUGGAGGAGUGAGCUCCCUGGCUCCGGGAUCUUGGUGUCAUGAGCUUGAUGGACUGGCUCAGACUUGGCAUGGGAGAGAAAUGUCAGUGGAAAAAAAAUAUAUGUGUGAGUGUGUGUAGUGAAAUGUAUCUCCAAUUCAAACAAACAUAAUUUCACUUGCCUUCAUGUGCAUGGAGCCUGAGGUAAGGAAUGUUUGGGAGGUAAAAGUUAAUUUCCAUCUGCUCCUCCAUUGCUUGGCUCAUGGAAGAUGAGGUUUUUGGCUUAGGCAUUCUGGGGCAGGCAUUUUGCCCGGAGCAUCCUGUUUAUUCCAUGGUUAUGGGCUUUUAGUACCAAAUUUGCUUGAAAACCUUGUGAAAUUAUUUAUGGAGAAAGAAAGGACGAGGAAUCCUGGGUAAUGUGAAGCAACUGGCCAGUUCUGCAAACGUGCCAACAUGGGUGGUUUAUUGCUAACUGAAAAAACCUGUCUCUUAAUCCUUUUUGCAAUGCCUGGGCCUUAAGUGUUCCCAGAAGGCCUAAGGGGGUGGAAUUGGCUCCCGGGGUGGUCGUCACUGUGACAAAAGGAGCAAGGAGCUCACGCCUGCAUCUGAGGGUCCUUGAGGUGUCACCAGCCCUGUCUGGGGGAGUGAGGUCCCUCUCUUGUGAGGUCCUGGCCAGUGCAAGGUGUUGUGUGUUGGGGACAGUGGAGAGUGGGAUUAGUUCUGGCUUUAAAUUUGGUUGUCUGCUAAAGUUUCUGGAGGCAUAGUUUGGGGUGCAGAUGGGAACUGGGAACGGUCACUUUCGGAGUCCUUGGAGUCCGAGGAACCCCUUACCCUUCACUUAUAAGCACAGUGCUCUGGACGCUUCCAUCCUUGCUUUCAGAGAGAGGCAGAAGUUGAGGUCCCUGCUUUCUCUUCCUCGUUGGGUUUCUCUGUAAGAGAAUGUUCCCAGGGACAGGCCAUCUGGUUGGGCCCUUGACCCACAGUGUCCUUAGGGGGAAGCCUUUUGUCAGCAGCCCGGGCUCUGCAGAAACAGCCCAUCUGAAGGUCUCUGGGCACGUCCCUGCCUGGCUGGCUCACUGGGCUUCAUUUCUUGGAGCCACUGUGGCAUCAUUUAAAAGAUGGGGAGAGCAACAGGCCCCCAGGGUCGUUUCAGGAUGAAACGCGGCCCAGGGACUCCCACCCCCAAGCAUCUCUCCGGGAGGAGGCAGGGACACAAGGACCUGGAGAUGAUACUGCAAUUAGAGUUAUAUGGGUUUGCGGUUUCCUCUCACUGUCUCCACUUCCUUCCUGAAACCCCAAAAGAGGCUUCGCAGGAAAGGAAGGAACUUUUAGAUCCCUCAGCACAGCUGGGAAUGACUGUCCCUAAGCUGGACGGCGCCCAGGGCCACCGAGGCAGAGCUGGCCGACUCCGUGACGCCGACGGGAGGGCCUGUCGGGUCUUGUCCUGCUCGGGGCAGACCUCUUCCUAAGGACCUGCAGUGGUGCGCUAAGGGCAGCUGCAGGUGCCGUGGCCCCCUGGGGAAGGGUCUUUAAUCCAGCGUGCAUAGGACAGGGCCCCUGGCCCUUUGGCACUGGCCUCUCUCGGGACUAUUAAUUCUGCAGCGAUGUGAAUUAAUGUGAGAAGGUGGGCUGCCGAUCGUUAAAAUAGUCAAGGGUGCUGCCAAGCUGCUUAUUCUAGAACCAGAGAGGGGCACAUGGGAGGGGCUCAUGGGAAUCCUAGCCCACUCCAGCCGCCUGAGAACCUGCUUUUAGUGGCUCUGAAGCAGGACCCAGUGACAUAAUUUGGGCCACCCAGUAGAAAAUAAAAACAUGGGGCCCUCCCUUAAGAAGUUAUUAAGGAAUUCAAGACGGUGACAACAGAGCAUUGAGCCACGCACAGGAGCCCCUGAGUGCGGGGCCAAGUGUGACUGCACAGUGGCACGCCCAGCUGGAGAGGGCAGGGUGGGCUGUGGUGUGCACACCGGUGGAUGGGGGAGAAUUUCCCCAGGGAAGCUCGUGGGGUGGGCAGGACUUGCUCUAGUCUAGGCCAAGAGGUGGCCAAGUAUGUGGCAGACGGUGACAGAGUGGGGGAGGGGCGCCCCUCUGAGCUCGGACACCUGAAUCAUCUAUCACAGGGUUCAAAGACGCCCAGAGACCAGGCGACGAGGCAGUAAGACUGUUGGUCUCCAAGUCCGCAUUUUUCAGAACCUAUUUUUUUUUCCCCUUUGGAUUUGCUGUAUCUGUGAUUUUGGAUUAUUCAUCUUCUGUUACUUCCAUUAGAGAAAGUUGACCAAGUGGGUGGCCCUCAGAAGCUAAUCUGUCACUGUGCUGAACUUGAGGGUGGGAGGACAGACCCUGCAGAAAGCUUUUGCCCCCUGCUUCCUUUUCCUCUGGCGUCAGCUUAGUGCCUCGCCAGCAUUGCCCAUGGUGAGCCUCGGGGAGAACCUUAACUUUUCUGUCUUAAGUGAGAUUUCCAAAUGCUUUUCUGUCAGCUGGAAAAGGAUGUGGUCCAAUUACUGCAGUUUAUAUUUGUGUCUGAAGAGAGCAGGUUAGAGGUUUCUAGGGAAACCAAUGUUUGCAAAGUUUGGCUUAUACAAAUUAUUGGUGGAAAAGAAAAACAUAUGCCAUUUUAUUCUUUCUCCCGGACGGUAAACAGGAAGGGCAGCCUGUUUCUGGGUAAAGUGAGUCACGGAGCCUGGGGCUCUCCUUUGCAGCUCCCCCAGGGCUGUGGGCCCCUUUCUCAUUUACCUGCCAGGUGAUUGCCACAAAGGAAAAGGCAAACAGAGGCCUUGGCUCAGAUGGGGUGGGAGCGGACAAAAGAUUCUCCGGGAGGGUGGUGGACUAAGGGAGGAAGUCUACGGGAAUCAAAAGGGCUUUCUUUUUCUUCCCCCUUUUUUUUCUUGGAAAAAAAAACCUCAUGUUUAAUUCUGAAACUGAAAUGUCAUUUGCAAUACUUUCCCUCUCCUACUAGUCAUCUUUUUUUUUUUUAAAUUGAGAUGUAAUUCACAUACAAUAAAAUUUCACUCUUUUAAAGUGUACAAUUCAGUGGUUUUUAGUGUAUUCACAGAUUGUGCAAGCCUUAAUAAUUGUCUAAUUCCAGAACAUUUUCAUCACCCCCCCCCC